CAUAUAUUUUGUUCGUCUCAUGUCAACAACGAACAUAUAGUGUGGUAUACCUGUGAUUAGAUAUCUGACUUCAAAAGGCUUCUCGUUCUCACAAGAUGGCAUUGAACCUCUUCUCCUUCACCUUAUAUGCAUAUCUCAUUGCUUCGUUUAGCCCUUUGUUGGGUUCUGCCGGUUAUCAAUCGAUAACCCCCGCUGAACGAAUCUGUAAACCAGGUCCGCCGCUGAAGGCAUCGCUCGAAAAGACUAACUGCCUCGUUAUCGGUGACUCUAUAAGCAUUGGUUAUACACCGUGGGUUACUGAAAUGUUAGGUGAUAAAUAUCAAGUCCAGCAUGCCCCUUGGGAUGUUAUAGACGGAGGAGCCCUGGACUCCAAAUAUGGACUUCAGUGUCUAGACAUGUUCCUGCAGACUUCCACGUUAGAACCAACAACAUAUGACGUCAUCAUCUUCAAUUUUGGUAUGCAUGACAUAAACUACAGCGGCAACUUCCCAGAGGAAUAUGUCCAACCAGAUGAAUAUACUGAAAAUCUACGUUCUAUAACUUCUAUACUGUUAUCAACUGGCGCGAAAGUUGGAUACGUUCUCACAACACCCGUUCCAUACAAUGUCACGCUCAACGACCGAGCAAAACAUUACAACAGCUUAGCAGAUGCUGUCAUGAAAACAUUUCCAACAGUUGUGACCGCUGACCUCUAUUCCUGGGUCACAGACGUCUGUGGAGAGCCACCUUACAAAAGCUGCGUUAUAGCUCAAAAACAACCGAGCCCGCACUACACACAACCAGGAUAUAAGUAUUUAAGUUUGAGGGUCACAGAUUUGGUUUUGGAUCUUGUUCGAGGGGUUGAUCAGAAUAACCACUAUCCUCGGCCACAGCAAAUAGCGCGGGAAAAUCCAGUUCCUUGCAAGGACAAGUCUGCUAAAGUGGUGACGGUGUGUCCUUAUAAUAGCACGUGUUGUGAUUCACUGUUCUCUGCGACAGGAAAAGGCUGUUGCCUGCGCAACUCUGAGGCCGUUCCUUGUAAGGACGGGAAGCACUGUUGUCCCGCAGGUUACGAGUGUGAAUCAAGCUGUUCAAUUUACAAGUGUUCCUGUCUAAAAGCGCUAGUCACUCCCGAAAAAUGACUGCUAGUGUAUGACAAACCUCAUUUUUGAGGUCUCAGAAUGAAGCAAUCGUGGACAGCUCUUCUAUAAAUAAUCUUUACGAUUCAAAUCCGAAAAGAAAUGGUCGAUCGAAGCUUGAAUAGAUUCCUCUUGGAAAUAAAAUUACGAGUGGUACGGUGCUGUACACUUUGA